CACGUGGUCGAAGUUGUUUUCACGUGGUCCACGCCUCUUAAAACCCGCAGCUGGCUGACUUCGGGCUGUCCGUGUUUGCUGUUGUGGUAGCUAGCCAUGUUGCUAACAAAACCUAAACUCGGUGCACCACGUCCCCCCGCCGGCUCCGCGGUGCUCUGCUGACUUCUCAGUCUGGUAUUUCGAGCCAUACGUAACUUUAUCAGACCGGUGACCUCAGGCAGCAACAUUGAGCUGCCUCCAACAAAGCUAGCGUUAAGCUAGCUGAAGCCCGAGCAGAGCUAGCCGGUUAGCUAGCUGGGUAGCAGCGAUGGAGUGGCUGGGUGACGGAGCUCCAGCUUACCGCGAUGAAGAGUCGAACGUCGGCCCGGCUUCAUCGGGGGAGGCAUUGGGCGGUGUUUAUCCUCCCCGACAGUCACCUUCCUCGCACUUUUGUGACUGCGCCACGGCGACGCUUUGCCAGAGCCAGCACCGCUGUGUGAAAGCGUCUAUCGUCUCCAGCUGGAGACUGGCAGAGGCCCAGGAUCAGCUCUGCUCGCUGGGCGUCCACAGCUCCGAGUCCCUGGAGCAGGAACGCGCUCGGACUCAGGCCUGCCCCACCGAACUCACGCACAAUGAGGAGGAGUGGCGCCGCAAGGAGAGCCUGCUGGGAUGCCAGGGGCCCAGCCGGGGUCCUGUGCUCGGAGCUGUCAGAAGUUGGGAUGUGUUUGAUAAAAGUAUUAUCAAUUCCCCAAAUCAAACGGUGGAAAUGGAUCAGGACAAGAGCAAGACGUUUCUCCAAAAGUUUGACCAAGAGCUCAGGCAUUUUGGUAUGUUACGGAGAUGGGACGACAGCCAGCGGUUCCUCGCCGACAUGCCUCAGCUCAUAUGUGAGGAAACGGCCAACUACUUAAUUCUGUGGUGCAUGAGACUACAGCAAGAAGAAAAACAAGCACUGAUGGAGCAAGUGGCGCACCAAGCUGUAGUCAUGCAGUUCAUCCUGGAGAUGGCCUCCAACUCUCAGCAGGAUCCUCGAGGCUGUUUCAGACAGUUCUUCCACAAAGCCAAAGAAGGUCAAGACGUCUACUUAGAAGUCUUCCAUGCAGAGCUUGAGGCCUUCAAACAUCGAGUGAAAGAAUAUGCACUAAAGUCUAGAGCUGAUACGACCAACCGUGGGGAACAGCAGAAAACGGGCACCAACUACAAGCUCGGCCCCAAAGACGCCUCUGACUCUUUGCCUCCAGUGGCAGAUUAUCCUGUGAAGCUUCGUUUAGAGGCUGGAAUGUGGACAAAUGCAGGAAGGUGGACAAAGGAUGAUGCUACAGACGAUAUACUCAUGAUGGAGACCACCUAGUGGUUGUAGGAUUCAGACCCGCCUUUCCCUCCAUCGCCAUCAGGUUCCCAUUUAGGAGUUUUAAGCCCUCUCUGCUUUGAGGACCCGGCAGAAUACGAGCAGUGAGGAAGCAGGAAUCUAAUGAGACGGGAUCUUUCUUUGACAAAUGCUUUUCGUCCGCAAACAUUAUUUUCCUGCUGCCACUGGGGUUCACGGCUGGGUCUCUAGACAGCAGAAAGCCUCCCUGCUUUUAAAGAUACAUGAGACAAAUUCAAAAUUAUAACCGGCAGCACAAAUGACACGACACAGACGGGUGCAGAAUUGAAUGGCUGAUGCAAGUCGGCGGAUGAGGAGCGUUUUAUUAUUUUUUUAGCUACUUUAAUGAAUCGUGAGAAGCAAAACUGACCCAUCCGUUGCUCUGUAUCCUUUUUGAGGAGAGUUUUGGUAUAUUGCAGGUGAUCAGUAAAAAAAACGACUCAAUCAGGAGAGGAAAAGAAAGCGUUGCGGAGAGAGGAACCUCUUUACCGGAGAGUUUCAGACUCAGUUGUCGCACCUUUUUUCUAUUUGGGUAAAAACAUACAAAACCUUGCACACCAAGAGCUAAUGUCUGCACUUGUACAAACACAGUUCUAUUUACUUGGCUUUGUGUUUAGUUUUAAGCUUUUGGAGGUUUGGGUGAGAUUCACAGCUCUCAGGCUGCCAUGUGAUCCGCAUGUACUGAGUGGAAGACGACCGGUUGGUCCCGUGCUGAUGGAGAGGAUCCGUAAAGUGCGUUGUUUGGUAGGUGAGUCAGGUAGCUGGCUCUGAGCUGUCCACAAGGCUUUUAGUGCAAAUGCUGCUCGACGAGUAGAUGAAGAUGUAGAACGUGAUGAAACAAAGUACUCCUUGUGUUGCCUGGAGGAGAUUAAUGUGCUGAGUAAUCAAACGACCUCCUCUUUAAAAUCUGCCAUUCAGCUAAAAUCCAGAAUCUUAUCUACUGUCCGACAAAACCCAAAUGGAUCCAAACGCACACAAAGCUUUUAUCGCUGUAAAAUCUCUUGUGCUUCUGGUGCUGGUUUUUGUUGUUGUUCACUCUGCUGCCCGUUUACCGAAGCAGCAACCAAUAAUGAGCUGAACUCACGAGCGCACGCUUUCCUCCGUAUGCGAGACGACGUGAUAUCUCAGCUUUCCUCACGCGGUGAAGCCAAGCUGCAUUUUAGAGGGUCAAACUCGACCUCGAGAUAAUGGUGAUGUCGAUUGUAAUUGCGAAUGACACGAAUGACACUUAUCAAUGAUGCUAUCCGGGUACGAGAGGCGUGCUGAUGAAAGGUGCACCAUGUUGGUUUUUGUUUGGCUGGUGAAUAUUCAUCCACUGACUCUGGCUCCUCCUCCUGGGAGUCAUCCGUCGGAGCCUCGUCUCAACUGGCACACAGCGCUGAGGGGAACGAAGGCACCGCUUGAUCACACAGGAGCUGCGUGGGACCGAAGUCGGUGUCGUGUUGGAAGUUCAUCACUCUGGGAUCUACAGCUGAGAUGGAGCUGAAAAGGACCCCUAUGGAGGGGGGAUGAUGAUGAUGAUGAUGAUGAUGAUGAUGGGGGGGGGGGGCGGCGGCGGUUUGGAGCCCCAUCUGCCUUGAAGAUGUAUGUGUGUCUGCAGAAAGGAACUCUCUGCAUCUGAAUGUGUUCUGCACUUUAUAUUUCUCUGCUGAGGUCCAGAUGGAGUAUUUUAAAAACACAAUUCUUCCCCCUGCCGUAUUUUUGUCGGGUCCCUGUUGUCCAAACUUUAAAGCAGGCUUGUGUUUGGAAUUUUAGGCCCUUUUUGUUUUCUUUUAUGUUUUGUAGACCAUUGUUAGCUGAUGUCUUUUUUUUUUUUUUCAAAUAGUUUUUUUUUGUUUUGUGUCCAAGGCUAAAUCAGUUUGAAAAUCUGCGUGAGCAGUUCAUAUUUUUUUUUCUUUACUGCAGACAGAGGGAUUAAAUAAAUCCUUUGAUGUACAAUGCAUGUGUGGACUUGACUGAGCAUCGUUGUGAUGCACCGCACCCGUUUCACCAUUCUUUAUUUCACAGCUUUACGGCUGCUCUGUACAGUGCUCGUGUCCUGCAGUAUCCUCAAAUCUGUAUCCAUGAACCAAAGUAGUGUAAACAGUGAAGCAAUGUGCUGUUGUGCUUUGAAAUGUCUAAAGUUAUUAAUCCACUAUGCAAACUACAUGUAUGGCUUGAGGCUGUUGUACUAAACCUGUGGCCGCUGUCCACGGGCUCUCAGCAUCCUAAAUAAUUACAACAUUAUCACAUAACUUGUUGAGUGAAGAUUGAGUGACUUAAUGUAGGAAUGUCGUUGGGCUUUGUUCGGUUAUAGUAGACUACUGUAAGAGCUGUCCUCUCGUGCUGCUGUUUACGACUCAAAUAUAAAACAAGUGAUACAUUUUAUCUUGUCAACUGCUAGAGUUUAUGGACCUGCAGUCACUACUGUACACAACGUUGUUCUGGCAUUUAUCAUUUAAGGAGCCAGGAGUGUAGUUUAUGAAUCCUUCAAGGUGGACUCCCAUCGAUUGAACGCAUUGAAUCAGUUCACAUGGUAGAAUCAGUUCACAUGGUAAACGGAUACAAUAUUAGCUGGAAUUAGUAAUGGAAGUUUUAGUUCAUAAUUGUUUAGACUUUAAAGUAGUUUCUGUGUGUGGCCCAGUUCCUCUUCAGUAGCUAGAUUACAAGUUUAGAAAUGGAAAACAUCUUAACGGUCUUCAUAAGCAAUAACGCACCAAGAUCCCCAACCAGCCGUCUGCUGGAAGUUUGCAUAGUUUCUAAAUGUUUGCACCAACAAAAGGAAAAAAAAAAUCCGAAAACAUUGUUCAUGAUUCUCUUUAU